AUGCCCUCCGCCGAGCCCGGUUCUCGCUCACUUGGCUUAGUACUCCUCGCCCACACGACGCGCUGCAUCAUCGCCAUCUUCAUCCAUCUAUUCGGCCUCUUCCGCAUUAACCUGCGUCUGAUUCCGCAGUGGUUUCGUUUCUUGCUCAUAGCGGUCAAGCUCGUUGGCCGCGCAGUCGUCGAGUCGGCCGGCAUUGUUUCGGUUUCGACAAAGAAAACAGUCGCUGCCUGGAAGGGGACGUUUGCCAUUCUUCUCUGGGCCGUACCUUACACCGUCUUCCUCUUUUUCUUCAUCCUACAAGCUGCUCUCUUCGUCGUCAUCCUGGAAGAAUGCGAGACCGUCUACCUGGGACUUCGUUCCUCCCGCUUCGGAACCGCGGUUCUUGGGUUCCUCCUGAACGAGGAGUUGCUACCGCCGUCGCCGCUCGACCGACCAUCUCCAAACCCGUGGGACCCGUCCAUCGCAGCAACGGACCGAAUCUUGAGCGUGCCAGAGAGAUCACUGUUGUUUCGAGCAUUGUCGACGCCCAGCCUGUUUACCGCCAGCCAGGCCAAAAAGCCGUGCAGCCGGAUCCUGACAUUCCUGAAAGGUCUCUCAGCAUAUCUGUCCACGACGAUGAACACGGCGACGACUCAAACUCCUCCCGAGCGAACAAGGAUGAUGACGCCCGAGCAGAUGGCGAUACAGAGCUUACACAACCUUCAGGGGCCCCUUCAACCCACGCGGGCCGACCAGUCAUACAGAGCGGAACCAGCCACCAACUACAUAUCGAUGUUCAAAGACGCCGUGCUGUUAGAGAUCGUCAAGUGCUGGCAGAGAUUUCCCACCCCAAUGCGUCUACACGGAUUCCUUCUCGAGACCGGACCGCGCUUAAGCGACGCGACGCAGCAGACCAGAAUGGAGAGAAGCAUGUCAUCCCGCCGAGGUCGUCUGGACUCCCAUCAACAUGUUACCGCGGUGCACGACGUCUCUCAGCUAGCUUCUCCAACGGACAUAAGCGCCGUCAUGGGCACUGUCGCCAAUUGUUCCACGGCCGCAUGUGCCCCGUCUUCCGCAGACACCGCUGGCACCUCCAACACCGCAGACGCCGCAGGCUAUUCGACAUGUAAACCCGAAGAAUUUCACGCAUCGGCCCACGGAGGCGAUACGGUACCAAACGCCCUUCAUUCGGCAGCAAGGAGCCCAGUCCUGGUCGACUAUGAGCACAGCGCCCCUUGCUCUGAGCGACAAUCCCAGCACCACCCUCAACCUUCCGGUCGACGAGACGCCGACAAGAAGCGCCUCCCCAAGUCCCGCACGUUAACUGUCCUGUCCAAUCUCACGGCCUCUCUUUCUAGGUCGUCGCUGGCCAGCUUCGCCGGAAGCGAGCGCAAAACAUCACAGCAUACCGUGUCGUCUCGGAAGACCAGCAGCUCUUCAACCUUUGCCUCCAAUGCGCCGACCAGAACUGCGACGCCAACGAGUCCCGAAGUCAAUCCGCUCAUCAUCACCACGGCUCAGCCCUCGGCGUACUGGUCGGGCCGUUUCUUAUCCUUGCAAGACCGCUUCCAAGGCGAAUCACUGCAGGAGAAGACGCUGUCCAUCUUUGUGGCCGCGCACGCAUCCAAGUCCACCAUCCUGGCCCAGCAGCGAGAAGUCUACCAGCGUCGCGGCAACCUUCCCCUGAGCACGACUACCGCCCUCGACCGUUACGGCACCAACGCCGCCGUCCAGGAAGCCGAGCGUCUCUCGGACGAAGACAACCGGUGUCUGCGCAUCUUUCUACACCUCGACGCCCUUUGCGGCACCCCCGAAGCUCAGAAGAGCCUGCAUGCCUGGCAGGAGGCAUACGCGCGCCGUGCGGGACGCGAUGUUCUCUUGCCGCAAGGCGCAAGCGUGGAGAAGGGCUUCGUCGCACGUCUCUUUAGUGGGAGCAGCAGACGGAGUUUAGGAAGCUCUCGAUCGGGCAAGGAGACGACGAAGGGCAAGCAGCUUUUGACUGCUUUCUAA